AUGGUGCUGGUUCUCCUGGUGGCCAUCCCCUUGCUGGUGCACAGCUCCAAAACCACUUCCCACUAUGAGAUGCUGGGCAGCUGCCGGAUGGUGUGUGACCCCUACACACCCCAAACCCACGGGGCAGCUUCGGCAGAGGCAAGCCAGGAGUUGGCCGUCAUCUCACCGCCUCCUUACAUCUCUGGAGGGAAAGGAGACCCGGGCAGGAGAGGCAAGUCUGGAAUCCGCGGGCCACCAGGGCCACCAGGGCCACCAGGGCCCAGAGGGCCAGCCGGAGAGCCAGGGAGGCCUGGACCCCCGGGCCCGCCUGGUCCGGGGCCUGGGGGUUACAUCCCAUCCUUCUACAGCCCUAAGAUCGCCUUUUAUGCAGGACUGAAGAAACCACACGAAGGGUACGAGAUCCUACGCUUUGAUGACGUGGUGACCAAUGUGGGGAACUACUAUGAACCGUCCAGUGGCAAGUUCACCUGCCCUCUCCCUGGCAUCUACUUCUUCACCUACCAUGUGCUCAUGCGUGGUGGCGAUGGCACCAGCAUGUGGGCAGACCUGAUGAAAAAUGGGCAGGUCCGGGCCAGUGCCAUUGCACAGGAUGCUGACCAGAACUAUGAUUAUGCGAGCAACAGCGUGAUCCUGCACCUAGAUGUGGGCGAUGAAGUCUUCAUCAAGCUGGAUGGAGGGAAGGUGCAUGGGGGCAACACCAACAAGUACAGCACCUUCUCGGGGUUCAUCAUCUACCCGGAUUGA